AAACACACCCCCAUGUGUGAAAAGUAACUCCUAUUGAACAGAGGCAUGACUUCACAUUACACAGCAGCUCAUGCUGUGACACGAAGAGUUGCCAGAUUUCAGUGGAGAAAGGAUUUCAAGUCAUGUCUUCUCAAAAUGCAAAGAAAAAGCGACUUGGGUCACGACGAGUGGCACCAAGCCAAAAUGAAGUACCGAAGGCUGAUAAGUACCACUUAACAGAAACUUCCUCUGUGGCACAAGACUACGCAGUAGAAGAAAGUACUGAAUCUUUAAAUGUUUUGUCCACCUGGGAAGAUUCAAAACCAGAAACUCAACAUCCACCUUCAGCAGGAGUCGCAUUUAACAGGAGAAAAAUUGGGUCUAAUCGAAGAAGUAAAGGAAAGCAGUUAGUAAAUGAUUUAGAAACGGAACCUUACCUCAACCCUGGAAAGGAACUUCAGGAAGAAAGCAGGGGUAAUGAAACCUUUGAAACAAUAAAAACGCCACGGGCAGUGGAACUUGAGCAGCAGGAAGAAUUCGGUCAAGGAAGUGAACAUUUGUCUGCACGAGCUAAGGACUGUUCAGAAAGUACACCUGAUCAAAAUUCUGAGGCUAAAAAGAACUCUUCAGAGGGUGUAAUGGAAAUUUUAACUCCUGAAAUCAAUAAUCAGCAAGAGUGCAACCCUUGUGAAAAUAAGACCAAGCUUGAAGAGAUUGACAAAUCUGACAUGCAAAGUGAAGAAAUCAAAGAAAACGUGCAUCGUGUGGCUCAACAGUCAUCCAGUGACGUGCCAGAUGAGGAGCCUUCAACUGUGUAUUCUGUAGCAGAAAUACAAAGUACAGAAAGAGAUGACAAAAACUUGCUCAGGCAGGAUGGAAGGUUACAGGGUACCAACUUGGUAAAUGAGUCGCAUGUAGAAUUUGAAGCUUUAGAGGCAGUCACACCAAACAUAACCACAGAUAAAAACAGCACGGAACAAAAUAUUGAAGUCGUGUGCAGUGCUGAGCAGGAAACAUUUUCACCAUCAAAAGAGAAGUUGACUGCAAAUGAGGAUCCUUGUAGCUUAUCUGAAGUUAGAGAAGCAUGGCAAUCAGAGGAUGCUGUGAAUAAAAUGUACAUGUAUGAAAAUCAGUACUCCUCUAAAAUUCAGGGUAUUUAUGUCACAGAAAAUGCUGAGCAUCACUUUGUGACUCAGGAAAAUGAGGAGCAUAUUGGCGCAGACAGCAAAGACAGUGGAGUGUCUCUACAAUCUACAACCUCAUUGGCAACUCCACCUUUUGAGUCCCAACUUCAGGACAAUACUGUGAGCACAGAUAAGCAAACCCAUGCUGUCACCGAAUCCAGGGGACAUAGAAGAAAAAUGGGAUCCACUCGUAGAAAUAAAGGAAGACAGCGUGAUGAGGAAAUUAAAGAUGAAGAUGCAAUUGGUGAUGAAACCCCUGAAACAUCAGAAAUGUCAGCAACAGAGACUACAAGUCCUGAAGAAUUACUGCAAGGAAAGGAGUGUGAUGUUCCUCUGUCUGUGCCACAUGACAGCUCCAUGUUCACAGUGUCUGCACCUGCUUAUUCUCCUGAGGUCCAGAACCAAACAGCAACAAGCUAUCCUGAGAUUAGCUUGGGCAGUUUAAUUCCUGAACGUGAAAGCCGUCAACAAAAUCCAGAUGAGCAAGAUUUUAAAGUGGUUUCAGAUAAACCAUUGGAAUCUGGGAUGGAAGAAGUGGAUGAAUCUGAAACUGCUCUGAGUGAAGAAGUCGAAGAUGCCACUCACUCAGAGGAAACUGUCAGUAAAAUGCAUGAAGAUGAGGUUGAAACAACACAAAUACAAGAUGUGCUGCAGAAUGAUUUCUCAUCUGAAAAUGUGAUUGAUGAUGCCACAGAAAACUCCUUAAUGACUUCUGAAGACUUAGACCAAACUGAAAAUAGCAACACAUACCAGUUUCAAGUGAUGGUGCAGAGUCCUGAUGAAUCUGUAACCAAAGUUGAAGUUUCAACUCCUGAUGACAAACAAGCUGAGCAUCACUUUGUGACUCGGGAAAAUGAGGAGGAUAUUGGCGCAGACAGCAAAGACAGUGGAGUGUCUCUACAAUCUACAACCUCAUUGGCAACUCCACCUUUUGAGUCCCAACUUCAGGACAAUACUGUGAGCACAGAUAAGCAAACCCAUGCUGUCACCGAAUCCAGGGGACAUAGAAGAAAAAUGGGAUCCACUCGUAGAAAUAAAGGAAGACAGCGUGAUAAGGAAAUUAUAGAUGAAGAUGCAAUUGGUGAUGAAACCCCUGAAACAUCAGAAAUGUCAGCAACAGAGACUACAAGACCUGAAGAAUUACUGCAAGGAAAUGAGUGUGAUGUUCCUCUGUCUGUGCCACAUGACAGCUCCAUGUUCACAGUGUCUGCACCUGCUUAUUCUCCUGAGGUCCAGAACCAAACGGCAACAAGCUAUCCUGAGAUUAGCUUGGGCAGUUUAAUUCCUGAAAGUGAAAGCCGUCAACAAAAUCCAGAUGAGCAAGAUUUUAAAGUGGUUUCAGAUAAACCAUUGGAAUCUGGGAUGGAAGAAGUGGAUGAAUCUGAAACUGCUCUGAGUGAAGAAGUCGAAGAUGCCACUCACUCAGAGGAAACUGUCAGUAAAAUGCAUGAAGAUGAGGUUGAAACAACACAAAUACAAGAUGUGCUGCAGAAUGAUUUCUCAUCUGAAAAUGUGAUUGAUGAUGCCACAGAAAACUCCUUAAUGACUUCUGAAGACUUAGACCAAACUGAAAAUAGCAACACAUACCAGUUUCAAGUGAUGGUGCAGAGUCCUGAUGAAUCUGUAACCAAAGUUGAAGUUUCAACUCCUGAUGACAAACAAGCUGAGCAUCACUUUGUGACUCGGGAAAAUGAGGAGGAUAUUGGCGCAGACAGCAAAGACAGUGGAGUGUCUCUACAAUCUACAACCUCAUUGGCAACUCCACCUUUUGAGUCCCAACUUCAGGACAAUACUGUGAGCACAGAUAAGCAAACCCAUGCUGUCACCGAAUCCAGGGGACAUAGAAGAAAAAUGGGAUCCACUCGUAGAAAUAAAGGAAGACAGCGUGAUGAGGAAAUUAAAGAUGAAGAUGCAAUUGGUGAUGAAACCCCUGAAACAUCAGAAAUGUCAGCAACAGAGACUACAAGACCUGAAGAAUUACUGCAAGGAAAGGAGUGUGAUGUUCCUCUGUCUGUGCCACAUGACAGCUCCAUGUUCACAGUGUCUGCACCUGCUUAUUCUCCUGAGGUCCAGAACCAAACAGCAACAAGCUAUCCUGAGAUUAGCUUGGGCAGUUUAAUUCCUGAACGUGAAAGCCGUCAACAAAAUCCAGAUGAGCAAGAUUUUAAAGUGGUUUCAGAUAAACCAUUGGAAUCUGGGAUGGAAGAAGUGGAUGAAUCUGAAACUGCUCUGAGUGAAGAAGUCGAAGAUGCCACUCACUCAGAGGAAACUGUCAGUAAAAUGCAUGAAGAUGAGGUUGAAACAACACAAAUACAAGAUGUGCUGCAGAAUGAUUUCUCAUCUGAAAAUGUGAUUGAUGAUGCCACAGAAAACUCCUUAAUGACUUCUGAAGACUUAGACCAAACUGAAAAUAGCAACACAUACCAGUUUCAAGUGAUGGUGCAGAGUCCUGAUGAAUCUGUAACCAAAGUUGAAGUUUCAACUCCUGAUGACAAACAAGCUGAGCAUCACUUUGUGACUCGGGAAAAUGAGGAGGAUAUUGGCGCAGACAGCAAAGACAGUGGAGUGUCUCUACAAUCUACAACCUCAUUGGCAACUCCACCUUUUGAGUCCCAACUUCAGGACAAUACUGUGAGCACAGAUAAGCAAACCCAUGCUGUCACCGAAUCCAGGGGACAUAGAAGAAAAAUGGGAUCCACUCGUAGAAAUAAAGGAAGACAGCGUGAUGAGGAAAUUAAAGAUGAAGAUGCAAUUGGUGAUGAAACCCCUGAAACAUCAGAAAUGUCAGCAACAGAGACUACAAGACCUGAAGAAUUACUGCAAGGAAAUGAGUGUGAUGUUCCUCUGUCUGUGUCACAUGACAGCUCCAUGUUCACAGUGUCUGCACCUGCUUAUUCUCCUGAGGUCCAGAACCAAACAGCAACAAGCUAUCCUGAGAUUAGCUUGGGCAGUUUAAUUCCUGAAAGUGAAAGCCGUCAACAAAAUCCAGAUGAGCAAGAUUUUAAAGUGGUUUCAGAUAAACCAUUGGAAUCUGGGAUGGAAGAAGUGGAUGAAUCUGAAACUGCUCUGAGUGAAGAAGUCGAAGAUGCCACUCACUCAGAGGAAACUGUCAGUAAAAUGCAUGAAGAUGAGGUUGAAACAACACAAAUACAAGAUGUGCUGCAGAAUGAUUUCUCAUCUGAAAAUGUGAUUGAUGAUGCCACAGAAAACUCCUUAAUGACUUCUGAAGACUUAGACCAAACUGAAAAUAGCAACACAUACCAGUUUCAAGUGAUGGUGCAGAGUCCUGAUGAAUCUGUAACCAAAGUUGAAGUUUCAACUCCUGAUGACAAACAAGCUGAGCAUCACUUUGUGACUCGGGAAAAUGAGGAGGAUAUUGGCGCAGACAGCAAAGACAGUGGAGUGUCUCUACAAUCUACAACCUCAUUGGCAACUCCACCUUUUGAGUCCCAACUUCAGGACAAUACUGUGAGCACAGAUAAGCAAACCCAUGCUGUCACCGAAUCCAGGGGUCAUAGAAGAAAAAUGGGAUCCACUCGUAGAAAUAAAGGAAGACAGCGUGAUGAGGAAAUUAAAGAUGAAGAUGCAAUUGGUGAUGAAACCCCUGAAACAACAGAAAUGUCAGCAACAGAGACUACAAGACCUGAAGAAUUACUGCAAGGAAAGGAGUGUGAUGUUCCUCUGUCUGUGCCACAUGACAGCUCCAUGUUCACAGUGUCUGCACCUGCUUAUUCUCCUGAGGUCCAGAACCAAACAGCAACAAGCUAUCCUGAGAUUAGCUUGGGCAGUUUAAUUCCUGAAAGUGAAAGCCGUCAACAAAAUCUAGAUGAGCAAGAUUUUAAAGUGGUUUCAGAUAAACCAUUGGAAUCUGGGAUGGAAGAAGUGGAUGAAUCUGAAACUGCUCUGAGUGAAGAAGUCGAAGAUGCCACUCACUCAGAGGAAACUGUCAGUAAAAUGCAUGAAGAUGAGGUUGAAACAACACAAAUACAAGAUGUGCUGCAGAAUGAUUUCUCAUCUGAAAAUGUGAUUGAUGAUGCCACAGAAAACUCCUUAAUGACUUCUGAAGACUUAGACCAAACUGAAAAUAGCAACACAUACCAGUUUCAAGUGAUGGUGCAGAGUCCUGAUGAAUCUGUAACCAAAGUUGAAGUUUCAACUCCUGAUGACAAACAAGCUGAGCAUCACUUUGUGACUCGGGAAAAUGAGGAGGAUAUUGGCGCAGACAGCAAAGACAGUGGAGUGUCUCUACAAUCUACAACCUCAUUGGCAACUCCACCUUUUGAGUCCCAACUUCAGGACAAUACUGUGAGCACAGAUAAGCAAACCCAUGCUGUCACCGAAUCCAGGGGACAUAGAAGAAAAAUGGGAUCCACUCGUAGAAAUAAAGGAAGACAGCGUGAUAAGGAAAUUAAAGAUGAAGAUGCAAUUGGUGAUGAAACCCCUGAAACAUCAGAAAUGUCAGCAACAGAGACUACAAGACCUGAAGAAUUACUGCAAGGAAAUGAGUGUGAUGUUCCUCUGUCUGUGCCACAUGACAGCUCCAUGUUCACAGUGUCUGCACCUGCUUAUUCUCCUGAGGUCCAGAACCAAACAGCAACAAGCUAUCCUGAGAUUAGCUUGGGCAGUUUAAUUCCUGAAAGUGAAAGCCGUCAACAAAAUCCAGAUGAGCAAGAUUUUAAAGUGGUUUCAGAUAAACCAUUGGAAUCUGGGAUGGAAGAAGUGGAUGAAUCUGAAACUGCUCUGAGUGAAGAAGUCGAAGAUGCCACUCACUCAGAGGAAACUGUCAGUAAAAUGCAUGAAGAUGAGGUUGAAACAACACAAAUACAAGAUGUGCUGCAGAAUGAUUUCUCAUCUGAAAAUGUGAUUGAUGAUGCCACAGAAAACUCCUUAAUGACUUCUGAAGACUUAGACCAAACUGAAAAUAGCAACACAUACCAGUUUCAAGUGAUGGUGCAGAGUCCUGAUGAAUCUGUAACCAAAGUUGAAGUUUCAACUCCUGAUGACAAACAAGCUGAGCAUCACUUUGUGACUCGGGAAAAUGAGGAGGAUAUUGGCGCAGACAGCAAAGACAGUGGAGUGUCUCUACAAUCUACAACCUCAUUGGCAACUCCACCUUUUGAAUCCCAACUUCAGGACAACACUGUGAGCACAGAUAAGCAAACCCAUGCUGUCACCGAAUCCAGGGGACAUAGAAGAAAAAUGGGAUCCACUCGUAGAAAUAAAGGAAGACAGCGUGAUAAGGAAAUUAUAGAUGAAGAUGCAAUUGGUGAUGAAACCCCUGAAACAUCAGACAUGUCAGCAACAGAGACUACAAGACCUGAAGAAUUACUGCAAGGAAAUGAGUGUGAUGUUCCUCUGUCUGUGCCACAUGACAGCUCCAUGUUCACAGUGUCUGCACCUGCUUAUUCUCCUGAGGUCCAGAACCAAACAGCAACAAGCUAUCCUGAGAUUAGCUUGGGCAGUUUAAUUCCUGAACGUGAAAGCCGUCAACAAAAUCCAGAUGAGCAAGAUUUUAAAGUGGUUUCAGAUAAACCAUUGGAAUCUGGGAUGGAAGAAGUGGAUGAAUCUGAAACUGCUCUGAGUGAAGAAGUCGAAGAUGCCACUCACUCAGAGGAAACUGUCAGUAAAAUGCAUGAAGAUGAGGUUGAAACAACACAAAUACAAGAUGUGCUGCAGAAUGAUUUCUCAUCUGAAAAUGUGAUUGAUGAUGCCACAGAAAACUCCUUAAUGACUUCUGAAGACUUAGACCAAACUGAAAAUAGCAACACAUACCAGUUUCAAGUGAUGGUGCAGAGUCCUGAUGAAUCUGUAACCAAAGUUGAAGUUUCAACUCCUGAUGACAAAAAAGCUGAGCAUCACUUUGUGACUCGGGAAAAUGAGGAGGAUAUUGGCGCAGACAGCAAAGACAGUGGAGUGUCUCUACAAUCUACAACCUCAUUGGCAACUCCACCUUUUGAGUCCCAACUUCAGGACAAUACUGUGAGCACAGAUAAGCAAACCCAUGCUGUCACCGAAUCCAGGGGACAUAGAAGAAAAAUGGGAUCCACUCGUAGAAAUAAAGGAAGACAGCGUGAUAAGGAAAUUAAAGAUGAAGAUGCAAUUGGUGAUGAAACCCCUGAAACAUCAGAAAUGUCAGCAACAGAGACUACAAGACCUGAAGAAUUACUGCAAGGAAAUGAGUGUGAUGUUCCUCUGUCUGUGCCACAUGACAGCUCCAUGUUCACAGUGUCUGCACCUGCUUAUUCUCCUGAGGUCCAGAACCAAACAGCAACAAGCUAUCCUGAGAUUAGCUUGGGCAGUUUAAUUCCUGAAAGUGAAAGCCGUCAACAAAAUCCAGAUGAGCAAGAUUUUAAAGUGGUUUCAGAUAAACCAUUGGAAUCUGGGAUGGAAGAAGUGGAUGAAUCUGAAACUGCUCUGAGUGAAGAAGUCGAAGAUGCCACUCACUCAGAGGAAACUGUCAGUAAAAUGCAUGAAGAUGAGGUUGAAACAACACAAAUACAAGAUGUGCUGCAGAAUGAUUUCUCAUCUGAAAAUGUGAUUGAUGAUGCCACAGAAAACUCCUUAAUGACUUCUGAAGACUUAGACCAAACUGAAAAUAGCAACACAUACCAGUUUCAAGUGAUGGUGCAGAGUCCUGAUGAAUCUGUAACCAAAGUUGAAGUUUCAACUCCUGAUGACAAACAAGCUGAGCAUCACUUUGUGACUCGGGAAAAUGAGGAGGAUAUUGGCGCAGACAGCAAAGACAGUGGAGUGUCUCUACAAUCUACAACCUCAUUGGCAACUCCACCUUUUGAAUCCCAACUUCAGGACAAUACUGUGAGCACAGAUAAGCAAACCCAUGCUGUCACCGAAUCCAGGGGACAUAGAAGAAAAAUGGGAUCCACUCGUAGAAAUAAAGGAAGACAGCGUGAUAAGGAAAUUAUAGAUGAAGAUGCAAUUGGUGAUGAAACCCCUGAAACAUCAGAAAUGUCAGCAACAGAGACUACAAGACCUGAAGAAUUACUGCAAGGAAAGGAGUGUGAUGUUCCUCUGUCUGUGCCACAUGACAGCUCCAUGUUCACAGUGUCUGCACCUGCUUAUUCUCCUGAGGUCCAGAACCAAACAGCAACAAGCUAUCCUGAGAUUAGCUUGGGCAGUUUAAUUCCUGAAAGUGAAAGCCGUCAACAAAAUCCAGAUGAGCAAGAUUUUAAAGUGGUUUCAGAUAAACCAUUGGAAUCUGGGAUGGAAGAAGUGGAUGAAUCUGAAACUGCUCUGAGUGAAGAAGUCGAAGAUGCCACUCACUCAGAGGAAACUGUCAGUAAAAUGCAUGAAGAUGAGGUUGAAACAACACAAAUACAAGAUGUGCUGCAGAAUGAUUUCUCAUCUGAAAAUGUGAUUGAUGAUGCCACAGAAAACUCCUUAAUGACUUCUGAAGACUUAGACCAAACUGAAAAUAGCAACACAUACCAGUUUCAAGUGAUGGUGCAGAGUCCUGAUGAAUCUGUAACCAAAGUUGAAGUUUCAACUCCUGAUGACAAACAAGCUGAGCAUCACUUUGUGACUCGGGAAAAUGAGGAGGAUAUUGGCGCAGACAGCAAAGACAGUGGAGUGUCUCUACAAUCUACAACCUCAUUGGCAACUCCACCUUUUGAAUCCCAACUUCAGGACAACACUGUGAGCACAGAUAAGCAAACCCAUGCUGUCACCGAAUCCAGGGGACAUAGAAGAAAAAUGGGAUCCACUCGUAGAAAUAAAGGAAGACAGCGUGAUAAGGAAAUUAUAGAUGAAGAUGCAAUUGGUGAUGAAACCCCUGAAACAUCAGAAAUGUCAGCAACAGAGACUACAAGACCUGAAGAAUUACUGCAAGGAAAGGAGUGUGAUGUUCCUCUGUCUGUGCCACAUGACAGCUCCAUGUUCACAGUGUCUGCACCUGCUUAUUCUCCUGAGGUCCAGAACCAAACAGCAACAAGCUAUCCUGAGAUUAGCUUGGGCAGUUUAAUUCCUGAAAGUGAAAGCCGUCAACAAAAUCCAGAUGAGCAAGAUUUUAAAGUGGUUUCAGAUAAACCAUUGGAAUCUGGGAUGGAAGAAGUGGAUGAAUCUGAAACUGCUCUGAGUGAAGAAGUCGAAGAUGCCACUCACUCAGAGGAAACUGUCAGUAAAAUGCAUGAAGAUGAGGUUGAAACAACACAAAUACAAGAUGUGCUGCAGAAUGAUUUCUCAUCUGAAAAUGUGAUUGAUGAUGCCACAGAAAACUCCUUAAUGACUUCUGAAGACUUAGACCAAACUGAAAAUAGCAACACAUACCAGUUUCAAGUGAUGGUGCAGAGUCCUGAUGAAUCUGUAACCAAAGUUGAAGUUUCAACUCCUGAUGACAAACAAGCUGAGCAUCACUUUGUGACUCGGGAAAAUGAGGAGGAUAUUGGCGCAGACAGCAAAGACAGUGGAGUGUCUCUACAAUCUACAACCUCAUUGGCAACUCCACCUUUUGAGUCCCAACUUCAGGACAAUACUGUGAGCACAGAUAAGCAAACCCAUGCUGUCACCGAAUCCAGGGGACAUAGAAGAAAAAUGGGAUCCACUCGUAGAAAUAAAGGAAGACAGCGUGAUAAGGAAAUUAAAGAUGAAGAUGCAAUUGGUGAUGAAACCCCUGAAACAUCAGAAAUGUCAGCAACAGAGACUACAAGACCUGAAGAAUUACUGCAAGGAAAUGAGUGUGAUGUUCCUCUGUCUGUGCCACAUGACAGCUCCAUGUUCACAGUGUCUACACCUGCUUAUUCUCCUGACAUCAAAAGCCCAACUGCAAAGAGCCAUUCUGAGAUUAGCCUGGACAGAUUAAUUCCUGAAAGUAAAAACCUUAACGAAGAUAAAAAUCAGACAACCUUUACUUUGAUUUCAGAUAAACUAUUGGAAUCUGUAAUGGAAGAAGUGGGUAAAUCUGAAACUGCGCUGACUGAAGAAGUCAAAGAUCCUCAUCACCCUGAUGGCAAACACGCUGAACAGCACUUUGUGACUCAGGAAAUCAAGGAAGGUGAUUCUCCACACACUAGGGACAGUGGAGUCUCUCUACAAACUCAACUCUCAUUAGCAACUCCACCUUUUGAGUCCCAACUUCAGGACAAUACUGUGAGCACAGAUAAGCCAACCCAUGCUGUCACCGAAUCCAGGGGACAUAGAAGAAAAAUGGGAUCCACUCGUAGAAAUAAAGUUAGACAGCGUGAUAAGGAAUUUAAAGAUGAAGAUGAAAUUGGUGAUGAAACCCCUGAAACAACAGAAAUAUCAGCAACAGAGGCUAAAAGACCUGAAGAAUUACUGCAAGGAAAUGAGUGUGAUGUUCCUCUGUCUGUGCCACAUGACAGCUCCAUGUUUACAGUGUCUGCACCUGCUUAUUCUCCUGAUGUCCAGAGGCCAACUGGAACAAGCUAUUCUGAGAUUAGCCUGGACAGUUUCAUUUCUAAAAGUGAGAAUCUUAAGGAAGAUAAAAGUCAGACAACCUUUACCGUGAUUUCAAAUAAACCAUUGGAAUCUGUAAUGGAAGAAGUGAUUAAAUUUGAAACUGCUCUGACUGAAGAAGUCAAAAAUCCUCAUCACCCCGAUGGCAAACAAGCUGUACAUCACUUUGUGACUCAGGAAAACAAUGAAGGUGAUGCCUCAGACAGCAAAGACAGUGGAUUCUUUCUUCAAGCUCCACCCUCAUUUUCAAACCAUUCCUUUGAAAACCAAUUUCAGGACAAUACUAUGAACACUAGUGAGCAAAUGCACAAUGUCUUUGAUAGGGGGAGCAGGAGAAAAAUGGGAUCCAGCCGUCGAAAUAAAGGCAGAAAUCGUGAUAAGGAAUUUAAAGAUGAAAAUACAGUUGGAGAUGAAAUGCCUGAAAGAGCAGAAAUGUUAGCAACUGAAGAUACAAGACCUGAAGAAUUACUGCAAGAAAACAAGCAUGAUAUUUCUCUGUCUGUGCCAUAUAGUGAAAAUUCCCUGAAAAAUCAAAAUGACAGAGAUACUAAAUUGAUUUAUGAUAAACCAGUGCAGGCUACGAUGGAAGAAGUGGAAAAAGAUCAGGACACAGAACCUUUAGCACAGGAUGGAAAUUUACCCAGCAAUAUUUUGUUAAGUGGAACAACAGAGUGUACCAUUACAGUUGAGAUAACAACUGAAAAAACUGGCCCAAGAGAAAGCACUGAAGUUGAAUGCAGUGCUGCACGAGAAACAUUUUUAGCAUCACAAAAUGUGUUGACUACAAAUAGGGAACAACACGAGCAUUGCAACCCAACUGAGGCAUUAAUGCAUCAAACUGACUACAGCUCAAAUACAGAGAGUCACCAAACACCCUUAUCUGAAACAAAUAUCUCUUUGGACUUCCAACAUCAGGAUAAUUCUGAGAACAGUAUAGAAAUUCACACAGGCCUCAGCCGUACAGGCAAUAGAAAGAAAAUGGGUUCAAGCCGAAGAAAUAAAGGAAGACAGUCUGUCAAUGAUCCUGAUGCAUACCAGGAACCUAAAGAUGACAUUUUAGGUUCCAGAACAGUUAAAAUGUCACCAGCAACAGAUAUAACAAAGGAGGAAGAAGCAAAAGACCUCAUAUCCGUUGAAAAAGAAAUGCAGAUUAGCUCAACUGCAAAAGAGGGCAAAAAGAAAGAAAAGCUGUUGGAGGAAGAUGCAUCUUUCUUACAGAAUAAUAUGGAUAGCAAUACAGAUGUCAAUGAGGAAAAUAAAGUUGUUCAAGAGGCUAUGAAUUUAGAUCAGCUUACAGGAUGUGACACAAUUACAAAGCACCUGAUGCAAUCACCACAAGCCUCAGUUUGUGAAGUUCCCUCAGACGUGCAGCAUAUCUCAUAUCAUGGUGGCAUCGAAAGCUCUAGCUCUCUGAAGGUGCUUGAUGAAGAAGAAGCAUUUGAGGCAAUGGAUGCAAGCAACAGCCAGCAAGAACAAACUCAAUCAGGUAACAGAAAUAAUUUGCAAAUAAAUCCAAAACAGAAGAAGAGAAAGAUAGGUUCUACUCGCAGGAGUCAACUCAACAGAAAAAAAGAGGAAGAAACAGACAACACAGAUGAAACCAAGGAAAGUGACUUUUACACCGAAGCUGACGUGAGGAAUAUUGACAAGCUGGACGUGGGAGAGUUACCGUUAACUACAGACAUACCACAAAAUGAAACUGCACAACCGUUAUUCUUUGCUGUUCAUAAACAACAGGAAGCUGAUGAAAUCUUUUCUGAACCAAGCAGUACAGAGAUCAAUGUGAUACCAGUAGUAGAAGAUUUUAAGGCCCCUCUUCCUGAACAGUCUUCCUCUCUCCGUGAAGAAAUCAUCACUCUGGUUACAUGCGUUAACACAGGUGAUGUAAGAGAAGUUAUUGUGGAGCCACCACAGCUAGACGAUUUUACAAACACUGAGACUCGAAUAACCACUGUGGUCGCGGGUAGAAGCAGACGCUCCAUAAAUCAGUUGCUGCCCCCAAAUGCCGAGGCUGUGACAGACACUGGCAUAGCAGAAGAGAGCUUAGUGUCUUCUAGUGAGGCCAGGCAGAAUACACAUAGCAAUGAGGAAAGGCCAGAGAGCAUAACAGUAGUACAAGAUCAAGAUGCUAAUGUGAAAAAUCCAAGUGACUUGAAUGAAGGAGCUCAUAAUGAAACUCAAGAGAUGAGGAGUGAAAGUCCAAAUUUAAAUUUGAGCAACCGGAGAAGAAAGAUGGGCUCCACCCGCAGGAAUCUUGGAUCCAGAAACAAAGAAGAGCUGCAUCAAAAACAGGAGGUGGAUAAUAAAGCGAAAGAGACUGGAACAGACAUUGGGGAAACUGAAUGUGUCCCCAGAAUCAAAGAAGAAGCGCUUCAGCUUCACACAGAUCACAAAGACAUUGAUGGUGAACAAGGAAAACAGAAAGUAUUUGAAACAGUGGAAAUCAGCCCUCCGGGUCAGUCUAAAUUCAAGCAUCUGCCUGAGCAAACAGUUGAAGAGAGGCCUGUUUCCCAAGACCAGUUAGCAGAAACAGAGCAUCACACUGCAAAUGACCUCCUGUCUACAUCCUCCAAAGAUGAUGUGGUAUCAGAAUCAGCAUCUGGAGGGAGGAGAAGAAAAUUGGGAUCUAACCGAAGGUCCCGUGGACAUCAGCGUAUAGAAGACCAAACAGGAGAGAGCACAGUAAUAGAUGAUCAAAGUGGGACAGAUGCCAAAAUUUCAGAGGUUGGAAAAAGUGAUAAGAACCCAUCAUCGGGACUCUCAAAGAGUGAAGAGCACUCAAAGACUGUGAGUGAGAAGACUUCAGCUCAACCCUGUAAUGCUGGAAUCUUUCUUGGUAAAGAGAAUCAAACACUUUCUUUGGUCAAUAAUCCAGGAUUGGCAGACCCCAAAUCAAAGCGCUACAAUGUGGUGAUGAUUGGAGACAGCAGUGUGGGAAAGACCUCCUUCAUGAAAAGAGCUCAAAGUGGGAAGUUUUCUUUAGAUAUACCUGCCUCAAUCGGCCUGGAUUCGCUGAUGUGGCCUGUUGUAGUAGAUGGAAAGCCUAUGAUACUACAGCUAUGGGACACAGCAGGUCAAGAAAGGUUUCACAGUAUCACCAAACAGGUCUUCCACAAAGCCCAGGCCUUUCUCUUGAUGUAUGACAUCACCUCCACUAAUAGUUUUUCUGCAGUCAGUUACUGGGCGAACUGUAUUCAGGAGUCUGCUGCUGAAAACGUGACUGUUUUACUUCUUGGAAACAAGAGCGACUGUUCAGAACGACGGGUUAAAACUCAUCAGGGGGAAAUUCUUGCAAAGGAAUAUGACUUUGAGUUUAUGGAGUGCAGUGCUGCCACAGGUGAAAACGUAAUCCAGUCUUUGGAAGUUGUAGCCAGGAAGCUGAGUCAAAGAAUUGACUCAAGAGAAGAAGCCACAGUGUUGCACAAAGAGCCAGAACAGAAAAAAAGCUCAAGAUGUUGCUGAACAAAUGUGUUUGUCUUUAAAAAAAAAGAAAAGAAAGAAAGAAAGAAACAGACAAGUGGUGAAAUCCUGCAAACAAGAACACGGUGUACUGGUCUGGCUUUCUUCUAACUCAAUGAAUUAUAUUAUAUUACUUGUAUUACGUGUCUGCAUAUUUUCAGUCUCGUUAUAUUUAGAUAUAAAAUUAUUUCUUCAAAGGCCUUAUAUUAGAAUAUUAGUUUAUAGUUAGUAGUGACCAAAAUUAUAUAGUUAAAAAGUGAAGGCGUUUUCAGUGUUUACUACCCAAUAAUUUAAUGCAUAUACAAGCUUAGUAGAUUUAAGUAUAUUUGCACAGUGUGUGUUUUAUCUGCAAUAUUUUUUUGUGCAAUAUUGUGCAACUUCAAAUAAUUUCAAAUCACAUGAUUGACAUGAUUUUCCCCAUGAAGCUGUAAUAACUAAACUCACAAGUUUAAGCUUUUAGUUUCAAUUUCACAGUUCAUAUCUGUUGUUGUACAUCUACUAAAUAUUUAGUCUACACUCUCUUCACUUUAUAGAUUUACUAUACUGAAAUUUAUUGUAAAUGUGUAUAUAGUUUGAUUAAUUUAAACAGGCAAAUACUCCCUUCAGAUAUUUCCAGAGAUCAAGAGAACAUAUGAUGGAGAGCAAUUCUAGUACAGUGGUAAAUAAUUAUUAUAUUAAAUAUAUAUUAAACAUAAUUAUACUCGCUUUAUUGUGAUUUUGUUUACCUUUUCUUCCAAGUUAAGUUGGCAUUCAUUUUAAUUUCAGUCAUCACAACUGUCAGGUCUGACACAUAAUUAUGAAUAAACAUUACUCCCCUAUAAUUAUAGCGCCAGCGACAUGAUCAACAGUUAUAUAUGUUAAGGUAUUUUUAUGUUCCUGUGCGUAUCCUUUGUGACCAAGUACCUUUAAACCAAUUGUUUUAAUGGCGUGUCUCAUGAUUAAUAAAUCUCCAGAUAAACAA